AUGGUGGAUGCAACCUUCUUGAAAUCAAAAUACCGCGGUGUGCUCAUGAUAGCAGUAGCAAAGGAUGGAAACAACAACAUAUUUCCUCUCGCAUUUGGUAUUGCAGACUCUGAGAAUAAUGAAUCCUACAGGUGGUUCUUCAGACACGUGAAAAAGGUGUUUGGCACGCGCAAAGACCUAUCAAUUCUUUCCGAUCGCCACGCAUCAAUUGCAACUGCAAUCAAAGAACUGUAUCCAGAUACCCAGCAUGGAAUAUGCAUCUACCACAUGGAGAAGAACUUGCAAAAAUAUUUCCCAUCCGAAGCGAUCCUAUCACUGUUCUACAAUGCAGCAACUACCUACAAACAGGCAGAGUUUUGUACCUAUAUGUCACAAAUACAACAAAUUGACCCAAAAGCUACAGAAUACAUAGAAGAAGAACCACCGGAAAGAUGGGUACGUUCAUUCCACGCCAACAGGCGUUACAACAUGCUCACAAAAAAUAAUGUCGAGACAAUGAAUUAUGUAUUGAGGAAAGCAAGGGAGUUGCCACUAAUGGCAUGUAUUGAUUACAUCCAGAACAAGCUGCAAAAUUGGUUUUACCAGAGAAAAUUGGAUGCAACAGGACCGUCCCAUGACUUGACAUGUUGGGCUGAAAAGAUUCUGCUUGAAAAGAUAAGUAGAGGCUUCACAAUGAAAGUAGAAAACAUAACUCCCGUCAAAUUUGUUGUGAAAGAUGAAGGAUAUCAAUACAAUGUAGACUGA